AAAUCCCUAAAAGUUUCGAAAGCAUUUACAGACAGAGAAGCGCCAUUGACCUAAAAAAACAUACCCAAAAACCCACAAAACAAAAAAAAUGGCGCUCCUUUUGCACUUUCCAUCUUUUAUACAUUUCUAUAUUCAAUCCAAUCUCUCUCUUACCCACUGAGAAAACCCCCAUGGCGGAGAAUCAGAACUCCACGAGGAUGACCAGGGCGGCGGCGAAACGAAAGGCCUCCGCGACGGACGAAAACCCAGUUAGCAAGAAGAGAGUUGUUCUCGGAGAGCUUCCCAAUAUCUCCAAUGUCGCUGCUCCACUCAUACCCAUCCAAGAAAGAGAGACCCAGAAGCUCAAAUCAACUCUCAUCGCCUCCAAGAAGAAGACUAAGAAUGCCCCGACCCGAGAUUUCGAAUCCGGAUCUAGCGAUCCUCAGAUGUGUGGUCCUUACGUCGCUGACAUCUGUGCCUAUCUCCGCGAAAUGGAGGGGAAGUUAAAGCAAAGACCUUUACAUGACUACAUUGAGAAGGUUCAGAGUGAUUUGACUCCUAACAUGAGAGGGGUUUUGAUGGACUGGUUAGUGGAGGUUGCUGAGGAGUACAAACUUGUCUCCGACACGCUUUAUCUCACUGUCUCUUAUGUUGAUCGGUUCUUGUCUGUAAAGACUAUUAACAGGCAGAGGCUUCAGCUUGUUGGUGUUUCUGCAAUGCUUAUUGCGUCUAGGAAAUACGAAGAGAUAAGUCCUCCUAAAGUGGAAGAUUUUGUGUACAUUACUGAUAAUACGUUUACGAGACAAGAUGUGGUGUCCAUGGAAGCAGAUAUACUUCUUGCUCUUCAGUUUGAGUUAGGAUGUCCAACCAUCAAAACAUUCUUAAGACGGUUCACAAGGGUCGCUCAAGAGGAUUUCAGUGAGUCACGGUUGCAAAUAGAGUUCCUCUGUUGCUAUCUCUCAGAAUUGAGUCUGUUGGAUUAUAGCUGUGUGAAGUUUCUGCCGUCUCUUUUGGCUGCUUCUGCUGUCUUUCUUGCCCGAUUCAUCAUCCGUCCAAAACAACAUCCUUGGAACCAAAUGUUAGAAGAAUACACAAAAUACAAAGCGUCUGAUCUAAAAGAACCUGUGGGAAUCAUACAUGACUUGUAUCUAAGCAGAAAGGGAAACAGUCUAGAAGCUGUUAGAAACAAAUACAAGCAGCAUAAGUUCAAGUGCGUUGCGACCAUGCCUGUUUCACCUGAGCUACCUCUUGCUUUCUUUGAAGAUGUUAUAAUCAGAGAAAAGGCUUAAAGAAACUUGAAGCUUUAUGUGUUUGUAUAUGUCGUUAGAGUUUGCAGUUUAGUAUCAGAAGAUUUUUUGUAACAAAAGAAAUUUUCAUUUUGCUUGGCCAUUCAUUUCAGUGGCUAUGAGCUUUGAUUGAUUUGUUUUCUGCUU